UUUAAUUCCUCUCGUCUGAAUCUUUACUAUUUAUCCCUUUUGACUCGUCGAAUCCAAGCUCAAACAUUUCAUCGGCCUCCUUUCCCUUCGUUCCUCAUUCCAUCCGUUUUUCCUUUUCCCCCCUUUAUAUUUUUUUUUUCUUUUGACAAAUCGUCAAUUGGAUUUCAAUAAUUUCGAUUCUGUUCCCCAGAUCGUAGAAGGACGUUCCGAUCGGGAUUCAAUGGCGGCAGCUCGACGCCUCCGGGAUCUCCAAUCGCAACCCGCGAACAAGAUCUGCGUAGACUGCUCCCAGAAGAAUCCGCAAUGGGCCUCCGUCUCCUACGGCGUUUUCAUGUGCCUUGAGUGCUCCGGCAAGCACCGCGGCCUCGGCGUCCACAUCUCCUUCGUCCGAUCCGUCACCAUGGACUCCUGGUCCGACAUUCAGAUCAAGAAGAUGGAGGCCGGUGGCAACGAGAACCUCAACUCUUUCCUAGCCCUCCGAGGAAUCCCUAAAGAGACCAAUAUCGUCUCCAAGUACAACAGCAAAGCCGCCGCCGUUUACCGCGACAGAAUCCAAGCGUUGGCCGAGGGCAAGCCUUGGCGGGACCCGCCCGCCACCAAGGAAACCCUCGGCGGCAGCGGUGGAAGCGGCGGCGGUGGGAUCGGCAGAAAGCCGCCGCUUUCUCAAUCCUCGCCCAAGGAUAAUGGUGGCUGGGAUAGUUGGGAUAAUGACGAUGCGAUUAGAUCCUCCGAUGACCUGAGGAGGAACCAAUCCAUCGGCGAUUUCAGGGCUAAUGGUAGCGGCGCCAUGGCCGGUGGUCGCCCGAGGUCGAGAUCGACCGAGGAUAUUUAUACCAAAUCGCAAUUGGAGGCCUCUGCUGCUAAUAAAGAAACCUUCUUUGCCAGAAGAAUGGCAGAGAAUGAGUCGAGGCCCGAAGGUCUGCCGCCUUCUCAAGGUGGCAAGUAUGUAGGGUUUGGAUCGGGCCCUCCGCCUUCUCAGAUGAAUAAUUCACAACCAGACGUAUUGUCUGUUGUCUCUCAGGGAUUCGGCAAGUUGUCUCUGGUGGCAGCUUCAGCAGCCCAGUCAGCUGCUACUGUUGUCCAAGCAGGCACCAAAGAAAUCAGCUCUAAGGUCAUGGAAGGUGGUUAUGAAUACAAGGUGAACGAAACUGUCAAUGUUGUGACUGCAAAAACAACAGAGAUUGGACAAAGAACAUGGGGGAUUAUGAAAGGUGUCAUGGCACUGGCUACACAGAAGGUGGAGGAAUAUGCCAAAGAUGGCGGGUGGAAGAAUGAGAAUGAGAGUAACGGUUAUUAUCAAGAGUUCAAUAAGCAAGACAAUAGAGGAUGGAAUUCUAACCCUGGUGCUGCAGCAGGACAGUCUUCAUCAGGCGGAAAUUAUAACUCAAGUGGAAACUACAAUUCGAGUGGCACCUACAAUUCAAGUGGAGGCUACAAUUCGAGUGGCAACUAUAAUUCAGGUGGGAACAAUAGCACUUCUCAUAGUUCAUGGGAUGAUUGGGAUCAGAAGGAGACCAAGAAGGUUGAUAACAAAAAACCCACUGGAUCAAACAGUGAUGGUGAUGGAUGGGCUGGAUGGGAUGAUGGGAAAGAUGACGGAUUUGGUGAUAACUUCUACCAGCCUCCUGCAAAUAACAACAAAGCCACUGGCCACAAUGGCAAAGCAGAUUCUUCAUGGACUGGCGGAGGUUUUGAUUAAGGAUUCCGUCGGCUUUCAAUUUAGCCCAGAUCCUGGGUUUUCCCUGUAAUGAUGGUGGGCUCGUAAAUGGUGGCAAAUUGGAUGGUGAGGAUGUAACAUUUCAAUUUCACCGGCAGGCAAAUGUAGGGUGGCUGUGGAUCAGAUCCUCAACAAUUGAGGGGAUGCAUCCAUCGAGGUUGGUAUAUUUUUCUGAAGAAAUGUCGGAUCUUUUGCUGUCUUUUUUUUUAUAUUGUCUCUUCUUUCUUGGUGGAAAAAAAUUUAUUGGACCUUCAUUCCUUCAAGGGAAUAUCUGGAGUGUUAAACAGGGAGAAUUCUAGCCCCCCACCCCUUCCCCAUCAGAAGGGGAUUGGUUCUUAUUUCUUCUUCUUUUCUUCCUUUGCUGAAUUGGAAUACUGCCUGGGGGAUUCGAAGGUCGAAAAUUUGUUUUUCAAUCUAUAUAUGUGUAAUGCUGCUGUAAUCAAAUUGUGUAUCAUUUUCGUUUUUUUCUUCACUGUGUGGGUCAUCAGAUCCUCUGCUCAUCCCCAUUCUUGAUCGUAUUGUCUGCACUGUAUACAAACCGAUGACGACGAACUGUGUGAACACGCAACUCGAGUCUCGGACUUGCUUUAUUUAUGCAGCUUACAGUUGUGGUGUCGAUUUCACCAGGGCUUAGCAUUCACGCCUUGGCACUUGUACAUAACGACCCCUAGUCUAUCUUAAUAGACUUGUACCCCUUAGGGUAAAACACACAUUACACAGAGCAUUCUCCAACAGAUUCCUUGCCUUUCAUCUCUUUGCCAUCGUGGUGCUGAAUCACGAGCAGAGAUGUCCCUGUUGCUGUUGAAGCUAAGAGUAUAUCUCCAACAGUGCCCAGUUCUGGAUUAUCAGCCUGAUGUUCUUCCAUGUCUCCUAUCUUAGCUCCAUUUCUUCCCACAACCACAAGCUGAAAACCCUUUCCCCGUACUAUGCUAACCAACUCCUCUACCACCUUCUUUGCCGCCACCUUCUUCUCUAUGUACUCGUCCUCCGCCGCGAGGUUUACUUUCGCUUCGCUCAGCACUGCCUCGUCCGAUUCGUCGCACGAGUCGCCCAGGAACCUGAUCACAGUCAAACUAACAGCUGGGUUUUCUGCCAUCCCACACCCGAUCUUCAGAGCCUCACGGUCAUCGGCACCUCCGAAGAACAGAACGCAAACCUUCUUAGCAGCAGCCUCC